AUCGCCUCGCCUCACCAGGCAAUCCUUUCCGGCUACCUGGCCUCACCGCGCUCGCAUUCCUGACAGUGCCAUGCGAAAAUACCGACGAAAGUUCGCUGGGGCCGCGGUGCCCCGCCCGGAUUGCACACGUCGCGCUUCUGUCACCCUUUCCCAGAAGUAAAGACUUACUCUAAAAGCCAGAACUUCCCCGGAAUCUCUUGUCCACCUUAUUGCUUCUCUCAGGCAGCUUCUGUCCCUCCUCACAUGGCCCUUUCCGCAGACUGGGACAUGGACUCUGCACAUUCCGACAUAUCCGAUACAUCUAGUAUAUCGGAUCAUGACGAUGAAUGCAAUUCUCGUGUCUUUCCGGACUGGAACAGCUACCGCUGUCUUAUCACUCAGAGAGGCUUUCGCCUCGACACUGUCCGGGACGUUAAAGAGCAUUAUCAGCAGAAUAUUCCUCCCGACCAACUAGAUUGUGAUCUACUCUGUGGUUAUGGCCGUGCUUGUGCUAUCAAGGACGAGGAUGCCCUCUGUAAGGAUCCUGGUUUGAAUGACAACCUCUUUAGAGGCACUGCUCGGGAUGGAACAAAGGUCGUGUUGAAAGCUGUCCACAUGCAAAGUCGUGAACUUGGAGUCGUCCGAUACCUUGACUCGCCGCCCUUGAGAAGGAACUCGCUGAACCGCUGCAUCCAUGUGAUUGAAAUUGAAGACGAUGAUAUUGCAUUCAUCGUCAUGGAGGAAUGGACAUCGUGUUUUCUGCUUAACCCACCGUGCUGUUUACGCCAAUACUGGGAUUUCGUAGAACAGGUCGUCGAGCACGUCGCGUUCAUGCACCAGCAUAACAUAAUCCAUGCGGACAUAUCUUUGCACAACGUCCUAGCCGAUUAUCACGGCAAUUUUGCGUUCAUAGAUUACGAAAUUAGUCAAAGAGUCGAGGACUCUGGACCCUCGACGGACAUAUGCCCAAGGGGAACGGAAGUCCCCCCGGAGAAGGAGCGUGGCGAAAAAGUCGACCCAUUCAAAGCCGAUGUAUGGUCACUCGGUGUCCUUCUACUCAGAGGUUCUCAGCAUACACGCACAAAUGCGCCUGAACUGUCGUAUUUGACGAGACCAAUGUUACAUAGCAAUCCCGCCAACCGUCCAUCCGCAUGGAUGGUGUUGCAAGAAGUGCGAAGGCUCAAGGCUAAGAUCAACGAAAACCCACCAAUCCGGUGCCCCAAAUCCCACUGAGGGUGAUUGCGCAGGAAGGAGGAACGACCAUGGUGAAUACACAAAACAUGGCGGCAGUGUCUGCCCGGUACAAUCCCUAUGAAACAUCCAUAGAUCCAUCGGCAGAUGUUUCGGCUGUAGUUUCUUCCAGCUUUCGUCGUUUUCUCUGCAGGUACCGCUCCCGUGCGCUUUGUACAUCUCCUUCGUCAUUGUGUCGACCCACCGCUUGCUUCAAACCAUCCGCCGCUUCCUUCUGCUUCUGCUUCUCCAUAAGCUCCUGUUCCUCGGCCAUCUGCCGCUGGACCUCCCGCCUACGCCGUUCGUUGAUCUCCUUUCGACUGGCAGCACUUCCAACGGCGCGGUGUGCAAGAGCCUCUUCCUCUUUUGUCGGUGUUUCUGAAGGCUUCUGCAAUCCCAAGCGACGGGUAUUUGGUGCGGCGAUGUUGAGUCCGGCGGAGAGAAGGUCGCGUUUGUCAACAAUUUGGUUGUCAUCGUUAAGCUCAACCUCUCUCCCUUUCCCGCGUGCCUCUUGCGCAAGCUCUAGGUCAGACUUUGGUGUAAAAUCUGGCGGCUUCGUAAUCGUCAAGUUGGGAUUGGGUCCUUGUGGGCCAAUAGUUGGUUUAGCGGCUGCGGCGACGGCUUCAUUGUGCUGCUCUUCAGACUCUUGCAGCAUUUGGCGGUAGAAGUGAGCAAGACCAGGAGCGGCAGCGCCUUUCCGUUUCUUCUUCUCAGCCUCUAGCACACUAGUUUAGCUACUGCAGUUAUAAACAGUCAAUGUGCAAACGUACCAUCUCUUUCACGCUCCUCUUCUUCUGCCUUUCUCACUUCCUCCAUUUGGUCCUUGUAGGCCUGCGUUACAAAUGCUUCCUUGUCCUUGAACUCGUCUCCUUCGAGUUCACGUUCCCGCUGAAGCAUCUUCUCUUCAGCUCGGAGAUGGUCUAACCGUCGUGUCGCAGCAGAGUUUAGUAGACCUGCGAUAUAUUUAGGCUAUUACGCAUACGAAGGCAAGACAUUGUCAGCUUUCGAGGAAGAAGUGGUAGAAGGCGAUGGCGGCGCACCUUGCGAGACUUUGUAUCCGCCUCCUUAGUUUCCUUCUG